AAAAAUGGCAAUGAAAUUGCACCAGAAUUUCUCAGAACCAGCCUGCUACUUGUCUUCUCUACUGAGUGAGCAUCUUGGUGUUCAGAAAAAAUCUGUGGCUGAGAUAUCCUUAAAGAAAACUUGAGAAGCAAGAGUGAGUGGAAGAAUGAGUAAAAUAUGGAGAGAUGGUAGUCUUGAAGUUGCUUUUGAUAAAGCAACUAGAAGAUACCAAAUUGUUAUCAAUGUUAAUGAAGGAUCUGGAUCUGAAGCUGAACAGAUUUUUGUACAACUCCAAGACCAAGAAAUUAGAGAUACACUGUCUGAAAAGGAGGAGUUAUUCAGUAGAGAGGAAGCUAAGCUCAAGCACUCCCUCACUGAUACUCAAAAGAUGGUGUCUGCUGAACUACUUCAGAAAAUCAAAAAGAAGUCUAAAAGAGCUAUUCAUAAUUCUCAGAAUACAUUGUCAAACGAAAGCAAUAAAUUUAGCAUGAAAGGAUCGCUAAUUUCUAUGGCUGAAGACUGUGAAACUACCAAAAUAGCGUGCGAAGAUUGCAGACUGACUCUCUGCUUGGAUCCCUCAUGUCCAUUUAUUUCCAUAAAACCUAGGUCUAAAUCCAAGGAGAAUGAGAAGCUGGCUUGCAAGGAUCUCAAAAAUGUUGAGAUUACCUCAGACCUUUGAUUACACUUCGACAAAGAUUCUAAUUCAUUGAUGUUCGCUAUUGAUAAAGGAUAUUGUUUUUACUCUAAAUCUUUAUCAAAAGAAGAUGCCAGCUUGCUUAACUCCAAAAUUCAAUCCUUUCUGGAAGUUCUGAAGCGAGAAGUUUCUGCAGAAGCUGAAGAAGAAAAUGAUCAAAGCGAAGAUGAAUUAGAGCUAUACCAAUCUAGACCAGAUAUCGAGGAGUCCAAAUCUGAGAGCCAAAGUGAGUCCAUCAAAGGAUCUGAGUAUAACUCUCAGACUGAAGAAAUGGGGUCCUCCCAGUCACUAAACUCUUCAGAAAAGAGGUACAGCCAACCUUCUAGUGAGUCGAGCGCAUCUCAAGAAAUCAGUGUGAAAUGAUCUGAAAUAAAUUCUGAAAUUUCUGAUAUUGAGAUGAUUUCUGAGACUAAUAAACAUUAUGAAAAAGACUCGAGAAGAUAUAACCUUACAGGAAGCAGACCAAGAAAUUACCAGGAAUCUAAGGAAUGUGAUAGUGAAGAGGAUUUAAACCCUAUGCGACUAUCUUCAUCUAACUCAUCACAUGGUAAAUGUUUUAUUGAGUCACUGAAUACAUCUGAUGUGGAUUUUUACACCCAAAAAGGUAUCCCACAGCCAAAAUCCUAUGUAUAUCAGCCGAGCUCGACUGGUGUGAAAGUAUAUGGAAUAUCCAACUCCUUAGAACUAAUCCUGUUAGAAGAAUUAGAUUUCUUGCCUAGGAAAACACGAAGGCCGAUUUCAAAGCUCUGAUUACUAGCUAAUGGAACAAAAUUGGUAUUCAUUGAUCCUAGCAACGCAAAGAUGAUUCAGUGAUACGAUUUGAAGCAUAUGAAAAUUGACCAAGUGCAUUUGAAUAACCUUCCGAUCUGUGACAUCAACACCUCAUCAGCUGCUUUACUUAAAAAGAAAUAUGAAUGCAUCACUGCUUGAGAUAGUAAGAAAAUGAUCCUAGUUCCUUACUUCAAAAAUCAAUUUCAUAAAGCAGAGACUUCCAAAGAGUUCAAGUCUGGAAAAUUUGUCAGCGCAGAUAGCCAUGGGCUAGAGUUUGUCACUGGCAGUGAAGAUGGGAAGAUAAGAUUUUAUCCUUCCAUUAAAUCUAAAGCUGCUUGAACUAGUAAAGAAGUAGACCUUAGUAUACAAGUGAAAAAUGUUGUCCUUAACAAAGAUCUCGGAUAUAUUUUAUCAACUUGGAAAAACUCAGUGAUACUAUGCAGGACAGAGACAGUUGAUCGCGAAAGCCCAUUUUCCAAAAGACUGAAAUCAAAAUUACCUGAGCCAAAAGUCAUCAAAGUUACAAUAACUGGGGGAGCAAGGGACGAUUUGUUGCAUCUUAGCCCUGCAACCUUCUUCAUUAAACCAUCAGGGGUAGAUAUAAUGACUACUUGUAAGGAUACUGUAUAUUUGCUCACAAAUAUUGGAUCAAAAAUUGGGUCUGAUUACCCCAUCACGACUUACAAAUAUGAGUCAGAGAUAUACUGAGCUUCUCAGUCCAAAGCAUCACAUAAGCAUGCACUUGUGGCUACCUCUGAAGGAAUUAGCUUAAAGGCACUCUAUCCUGAUAUUGAAUAA